AUAGUAAACAACGACGAUAGUAUAUAAACAACAAAAUACAACAGAAAUACGUAAUGGCGUCGCUUUCAUCACUAUCACUAUCAACGUCUUCAUCGGAGACCUCCAUCUCCCGGUCAAUUUAUCGUAAACUCUCUGUAUUACCGACAGUUGUCCCUACUUUUCCGAGGCAGACGAUAAAGAAAUCCAGAACACAAAUGAAUUAUGUGGCAUAUGUUCAACCUCCUGAUGUCAACAGACCGCAAUCUUCCAUAAGGUCCACAUCUUUUAACGUGGAAGGAAUUGGAAGUACUACUUCACUUGAUGAAGAUGUUAAAGUUAACACUUCCAGGAUGGAGGCUUCGCUUUUGUUUGAGAAUCAAUCAUCCAUUACUGAUGCAACUGAUGAUUCAGCCUCUCUUAGCAUUGUUGUUAUUGGGGCCACUGGUGUACUAGCCAGAACGAAAAUCUUUCCAGCAUUAUUUGCUUUGUAUUACAGUGGUCAACUUCCAGAGAAAUUUGGUAUAUUUGGGUACUCACGGAAAAAUUUGACGGAAGAAGACCUAAGAGCCAUAAUAGCACCAACUUUAAGUUGCCGCAUUGAUCACCAAGAAAACUGCGAAGAAAAAAUGGAUGCAUUUCUCAAAAGGACAUUCUAUCUUAAUGGAGGGUAUGAGAACCGAGAAGGAAUGUCAAAGCUCAAUACUCUCAUGGAAGAAGUUGAGGGAAAGUUUGGAGCAGACAGAAUAUUUUACCUUUCUGUGCCUCAAGAUGCACUUAUCGAUGUAGCAUCCUCCCUUGCUGAAAAAGUCCAAAUCCAAAGGGGUUGGAAUCGUGUUAUAAUUGAAAAGCCCUUUGGUUUGGGUUCGUUUUCUUCUCAUCAGUUGACUACCUCGCUUCUUUCAAACUUUGAGGAAAAGCAAUUAUACAGGAUAGACCAUCUUUUGGGAAGGAACACAAUCGAAAAUCUUGCGGUUCUAAGGUUCUCUAAUCUAGUAUUUAUGCCAUUAUGGAACCGAAGUUACAUACACAAUAUACAGGUCACUUUUUCUGAAGAGUUAGGCAUGCAGACCUCAGAAAGAUAUCCUAAUGGCUAUGGGAUUUUAGGAGAUGUUGUACACAGUCACAUCUUCCAGACAGUGGCUUUGCUUGCUAUGGAGCAACCUAUUACCCUUGACGGCGAAGAUGUUCGUUAUGAGAAGGUUAAGGUUUUGAAAUCAAUUCGGAAAUUGGAAUUAUAUGAUGUAAUUCUUGGGCAUUGCAAAGCUGAUUCUGGAAGUAACUUCAAGGAUACGGACAACCUAAUGCCCACAUAUUUUGGUGCUGUUUUACACAUUGAUAAUGCACGGUGGGACGGUGUGCCUUUUGUUAUUAAGGCUGGCAAGGGGCUCAAAAAUAACAGAGUUGAAAUUCGCAUACAAUUUCGUCGUGUUCCUGGAAACAUUUAUCAUAAAGACGGUGGGCAUAUGCAAAGUCUUGCCACUAAUGAGCUGAUUCUGCGUGAUGUGCCUGAUGAGGCCAUACUCGUAAGAAUCAAUAAUAAAAUUCCAGGAUUAGGCAUGAACCUGGAGGCUUCCGAAUUGAACUUGCUUUAUAAAGACAAGUACAAUAUUGAUGUAACCGAUUCGUAUGAGCAACUUCUUCAUGAUGUAAUAGAUGGAGAUAACCAUCUAUUCAUGAGAAGCGAUGAGGUUGAAGCUGCGUGGAACGUUUUAUCUCCAGUUUUAAGUGCGUUGGACAAUAACAACGUGACACUUGAAAAAUACGACUUUGGUAGCAAGGGUCCAGAUAAAGCCGGUAAUCUCUGGGCUAAACAUGGGGUCAAGUGGUUGGAUGAUUAACGAAUUUCCUAUCAGGCCAUUACUUUACAGAUCUUCAACAUCAUACAAACAUGAAAUUCUUGAGGAAAGAAAUCCAGUCUCAGUUUUAAUGGUCAUUGAUAGAGAUAAUCAGUGUAAAAAUAUUGCACACCUGUUACACACUACGGAAAAGUCAAAGACUUUAGGUUGAUGAGAUUGAUGACACUAGCAUUUGAAAUUUGGGUUUGGUAUUGUUGGGGCCGCUUGUUUGUUUGUUUGUUUUGGACUCUGUUUACUUGAUGAGGUAAUAUGUCAAGCUGGCAUAGUGACAUAUUGGUGAACUGACCAUUUUGUUGAUUGUCUCUUUGACAGUGAAUAUUUGUUGUCGUUUAAACUGGACAUCCAUAAGUUUGGUUGUUGGUGUGGUCAAGCAAUCAUGUCACUUUAGAGAUUGAUCACUACUACAUUGUUGGGGGUCGAACAGGACAAGGCUUUUGAGAAGUUAAAGGGUAAGCUUAAUUCGGGUCCGUUAUUGUAAUAUCCAAACUUUGAAUGGGACUUUUGAGGUUGAAGAUG